AUGCAUAACAAUAAUCCAAGAAGUAGUUCUCACAAAUAAUUAAAAACCUUGCAAAGCCAAAUCUAAUCUACUCCAGUAUUAAAGUCUAUAGAAUAACUGAAGACAGAAGGAAUUCAAUACUAUUACCAUUAAGGAUAUGAAAGGAAGGCUCUACAUAAAAUUUUUACACUUAAUACUAAAAAAAGACAUAUACAAAGAUAUAUAAAUCAACAAGUUUAUAAUGCCGAUUUAAAUGGAAUUUCCCUUAAGGCCAGCUAAAUGGACCGAUUUAAUUUGUAUUAAAAAGGCUUGACGGAUGAAUUACUAGCAAAUUCUAAAAGUUACAGCAAUUUAUCUCGCUUGAAAAAAGGAGACUUUCAAACUAGUUCUACUGAAUAACUCUAUGGAUAUAAAAACUCACAGCAUAGAGACAUACGUAUUACAUCAGGUCAGAGAAUUCCAUCGGUCUAAUAAGAGAAUUAUCAAAAUAAUCAAAAUAGAGUUUCUGUAUCGAAACACUAGGUUAGACCCAAAAGAGAAGAACAAUUAGUGUAGGCAAUAAGGAAAGACAAUUUAUUUACAAUCGUUUAUAAGUCUAACAUCUUUUCCAAUUGA